AUGUCAUUAACGCCAGCACAAAUUGAGGCAAGGGAGCUUCUAGCACCUAUCAAAUUCCACCAGAUUUUCAAGCUACCAGCAACAGAAAAGCACGCAGAGCUCAAGGUAUCCUAUGCCAUUGCAGGACCAUCAGAUGAGAAUGUGCCGACGAUUCUCUUUGUUGUGGGAAUGCUAGGAAUCAGAUGGCUGGCAUUCUCCUUUGAUCAUGUGGCCAUGGAAGAAGGAGUGAGAAUGAUUUUUAUUGACAGACCUGGUUUCGGGGGCUCUACCUCAGUUCCACUCCAAGACCGGUUGCUCAUAUAUCUUGAGACAGUUCCUCUUCUCCUCAAGCACCUGAACAUUGAGCACGUUUCUCUUGCAAGCCAUAGUGCCGGGACUAUAUACGCUCUCAACAUCAUUGCCACUCUCCCUCAUAUUAUCUGUCCCAAACGCCCCAGGAUCACCCUGCUUUCUCCUUGGGUCCAUCAAAACUUGUCAUCGACAACCUUUCUUCAGAUUGCUUCAAAGCUUCCCAAUACUAUGAUCAAUCAUUGGAGCUCGGUUAUGAAUUUUGUUCUGAACAGUGCUACGCCAAUGAUAGCGAGUUCAGGGUCGGUCUUUUCUACUUUGGCAACUGGGGCUGCAUCCCAGGUCGCGGCCGAACAGAAAGUUCGCAAGGCGUACGGUGUAUCGAAAGAGACAAAGAAAGAGAUGGAUAGCCUAAUCUUCAAGUGGGCAUUUCAGGAAGAUACGACAGGCCUAAAUGAUGAGGCUCGGUUGUGUUUGAAGAAAACAGACGACUGUAAUUGGAAUGCUUGCGAAGACUACGAAGACAUGGUCAAAAACUUGGUAGAAUUAUGGACUCAAAGAGUUGAAAGGAAUCAAAGUGCCCGGCUAGAUGUCAAAAUUUACUUUGCUGAAGAGGACAUAAUGAUUGGCGAGAAGGGAAAAGAAUACUUCCGAAAAUGUUGGACUAGCGAAGAUUGGACUGCGAAUAUCACUGUGAACUGUGAACAGUUGAAGGGUACAGAUCAUGACAGUGUCUUGGACCCUCUCAGGAGUAUACGGGAGAUUGCAAAAGCAGCGAGGCAGACGUUAGAUUGA